AUGUAUUCGGUAAAGCUCCUUCUCGUUGUAUUGAUUCCAUCAUUAAACGCUUUUGUAGAGUUGAACAGAACGACGCAGCUGCUCAGAGGCCCGGAAAAAUAUCAUGGUCUUUCUCAUCUCUCUGUAUCUCACGCAGCAUGUCCUGCACGCUGCGAGAGUGGAUGGACAUUAUUUGACAAAACCGAGGCCUGCUAUAAGACCUUCUUCGGCGAGACUUUUUACACUGCGGAGUACAUUUGCAGCACUUAUGGAGGACAUUUGACUUCAAUUCACAGCUCUGAAGAAAAUAAUUUUGUAGCCGGUAAAAAUACUAUGGACUACGAGAUGAAUUCAAUAACAAAAAUUGGACCUGGACUGACGGCACAAAAGUUGAUUUCAAGUUUUGGUGCCCGACGUGUCCAGCUCGUGGAUUUGGAAACUGUGCGGAGCUGCUCUCUGAUCCCAUCCUCGAGGACUCUCACGGGGUUUCGUACCAUACAUGGGCGGAUUGCCCUUGCAACGCAAGACGGAGAGCGUGGCCCUUUGGGGCUCGGGCCACCCAAGGAGCCCCUCCCCAUCUUCCGCUGGGGCCUUUUCCGGACUAGUGGUUCACUUGGAGAUUACAGUCCAAUGAACGACUGA